UUCAUUGCAGUAACAUAAGAAAGUUUCUUUAAAGCAAUUUUUUAUUGAUUCAUAAACCUUUAAAGCCUUUGUUGUUUUUACUGGACUUGAAUUUCUAAACACAUGCUAUAGAAUUUGAGUGGUCAGUUGUAUUGAACGUGUGAAGAAAGGGGCGGGACUUAGCAGGAUUUAAUUAUGUUUAAUGUAUGCAAGCCAUCUGGAGAUUAAAACAUCUGGAAUAUAUGUAAGCAGUGUUACACUUUGUCUACAUAGUGAAGUUGAAUGUGGAUGCUGACUGUACUUUAAAACAGCUUCUGAGGCUGUGUUAAAUACAUUACUUUUUGAGAAUAUUAAGGAGUUAUUUUUAGUGAAAAUCUUUUCCAGUGACAGUUAAUUUUGGAUCAUGAGAACAUGUAGUUACAAUUAGAUUGAGGGAAGUGAACUGUCGAGAUUUGUGAUCCAAUGAUUAUCACAGAAAGUAUUAUCUACAAAAGCAAAUAAGGGACAUAAGAGAAAAGUGAAAUUAACUUAUUUAAGUAUGGAUAUUAUGUCUAUGAAAUCCUCGCGUCGCAAGCAGAGCAAACCAAUACGGGUAUCUUAUAACGAUGACACAGAAAUGCCUUUACCUGCCCCUGGCCCUCCAGGUGAGGAGGAAUUUGUAAACGGUGAAAAUAUGGACACGAACGACGUUGAUCAGGAAAAAGAAAAUAAAUGUAAUGAGACAUUCCCAGGUGAAAAUAUGAGUGCUAUGAAAAGUGAUGUGAAUGAUUCUAGUCCAAUAAAUCUUGCAACACGAGAGAUUGCAUUUCCUACGGCUUAUCACCGUCUUGCAAAUGAAUUCUCAAUGAAAAACAGUUUUGUUCCAAACGGUCAUAAUAACAGUGUAAUGGAUGCUGAAAAUAACAUUGAUAAGAAUGGAAAUGAUGUGGUAGAUGGUGAAUUUGGGGAAAAGAAUGAUGGGGAAAAGCCAAAAGAUCGUUCGGGAAUAUUCCAUCCCGACGCAUACUGUGAACUUUGUGAUAAGGAAUUUUGCAACAAGUACUUUUUAAAGACUCAUAAAGCAAAUAAGCAUGGGAUAUAUGACAAUAGCUCGUCACCGUUUCCUCCAAGUAUGAAUCCAUUGCCUCCUAGCUUGGUUCUACCUCAGGACUAUUCGACUUUACCCUUCAAACUUAACAUGGACUUUCCUCUACCUCCACUUAAACCAAAUACCAGUUCUGCCAAACCACCUACACCUCAGCUCACGCCGACCCAGUUACCUGCCUCGUCUCCUCAUCGUCAGUCGCCUCCAACUACGCAGUCACUGAGCCAGACACCAACAAAGCCACCUCAGUCACCACUGCCUAGCAAUAUGACGAAACCUCCUAUCUCUUCGUCCAGUUCAUCAACAUCAUCAGAGAAUGGAGACAAAAAAUCAGUGAGCCAAGAUAUGGAAGACUUCUGUGAGAUUUGCCAAAAACACUUCUGCAAUAAAUACUACCUCAAGAAACAUAAGAAUGAUGUUCAUGGAAUAGCACCACCUGACACACCAAUGUCUGGGAAACGAGGUGGACGUCCUCCAAACUCUGAGAUGAAGCUUCCAGCCACACCUGUUACUUCAGACUCCCCAUUCAUACCUCAGUCUCUUGCCAACCUACCUGGUCUGCCAAAUAUGCCAGGAGUCAUGGUGCUGAACCCGUUCUUGCCACCAAUGUUGAUUCCAGGAUCAUUGAUGAACCAGCAUGGACCCAUGCAUCCAAGACCACCACACUUGCCACUUAAUUCUCCUCUUCCAUAUUCCAGUAGUGCUUCAAUGCCAGUAACAUCAACUAUUGACGCCAAAUCAAUAUCACCUGGGUCUAGUUCCAGUACCUCAGCUACCUCAUCAUCACCCUCUGGCUCAAUUACAGCAGAGGCUCUACGCAAUUUAGGUAUUCCCAUUCCAGAUGGUACAAGUCCUAGUGAGGCUCUACGUAGAAUGGGACUCAUGAGUCCUGAUGGUCAGAUCACCAGCGAUGUUCUCAGAGGAAUGGGUGUGCUUGGUGCAGAGGCCUUCUGUGACAUUUGCCGGAAAGAGUUUUGCAAUAAAUAUUUCUUGAAGAUCCACAAGGCAAACAAGCAUGGAAUCUUCACAGAUGAGCCAUUAUUGCCGCCAUCAAUGGCUGCUGCAAUGAGCAUGAGUUUGCCUAAUAAACCAAGUGAUUCAACCACAAAUACCUCAGAAAACAACCGUUCCAGUGAAAAGGAAAUGAAAGACAGUUACGAGAGUAACAAACCUGAUUCUAGUCCUAAAGCUGCCACCACUCCCAUUUCUCAGCCAUCAGAAUAUAUAACUCACUGCAAUCUCUGUAGUCAAGAGUUUGCAAGCAAAUAUGCAUACAGAAUUCAUCGUAUACAAGCACAUGGAAUGAUCAAUGAACCAUUCAAUGAGGCAGAACUGGCAGAAGAGGCAUUUAGACUGCAUAACGGGGAUUUACCAAAACAAAUUAGUGUUAAAAUUGCAGAGGAGAUAUCUGCCAUGGAGAGAAAUUCUGAAGCUGCAGGUUUUUCUACAAUGUUCGGCAGUAUGGUAGCAGCGAAAUUAGCUGAUAGAGUAACUUGUGACAUUUGUAAUAAGGAACUGUGCAAUAAAUAUUUCUUGAAAGUUCACAAAAUGAAGGUUCACGGUAUUGAUAUCGGACUACAGGAAAGGUCUCCAAAGCCUGGUACUACAAUGCAGUCUGAACGUAUGCCACCUAAAUUGGAUUUCAGUCCAUCUGCUGGGAGUCGCCUUGAUUUCAGUCCAUCUGCUGGGGGUCGGCUUGAUUUCAGCAAUUUUCAGUUUGGUAGAAACUUCAAAUCUGAACCAAAAGAACCUAGUCAUUCUAGACCAAAUUCUACGCAGUCAAUGGCAUCAGCAGAUACCUCUCUAAACAUGUCAGUUGAACGCCCAUCAAAUGAGGAGCUAGUUAAAAUGGGAAUGGAUCCGGAAGCUUACUGUGAAAUCUGCAAGAAGGAAUUCUGCAGCAAGUAUUUCCUCCGAACACACAAACAAAAUAUUCACGGAAUCCCGCCAAAAACUGAGAGUCAAGAAAGCAGUCUCAGUCUGCCAAAGUCAUUGUCAAUGGCUCCUCACCUAGCACUAUCAACGCCACUUCUACCAUCAAGUUUCAUGUCAAGUGUGGCACCAUAUGCGCAAACAAAGCCAAUGAAUCUAUCAGCAAGCAACGGCUCAUUGAACAGUAUUGGUUCAAAUGGACGGUCGAAAUCUAGCCUUCCAAAUAAAUGGAAAGAACCCCAGAAUUCCUCACGGGUAACAUGUGAAUUGUGCAAUAAAGAACUGUGUAAUAAGUACUUUUUGCGUACUCAUAAGAUUAAUAAACACGGCAUGCUACCUGAGGAAAUGUCUCCUCUUUCUAGUCAAAACAUGUCGCCAAACACCUCAGAUAUUGAGACGUCGAGCAAUUCUUCAUACCCAGACAAAGGAAUUCAAAGUCCUAAACUAAAUCUCGAAAAUUCAAAGUUAUUCACAAACAGAAGUGAUGAUGGACCAUUACAAUUUUCAGAGGCUCUGAAUUUGAAAAUUAAGUCAGAAAGUGAAAAAUUUAUGAACAUGAGUAUGAACAUGAGUAUGAACAUGAACAAUAAUGAAACUGAAAUUUGUCAUUUAUGUAGUCGUAAGUUCAAGAGUUCAAAGUGGUUGAGACAGCACAUACUAAAGGAUCAUGCAGGUUUGACAUCUUUGUCACCGACUAUGGAAAAGGCUUUCAAUAUUGGCGGAAGAUAUGCACCUCUCGAGCUUAGAACAUGUUCUGUAUGCAGUAUUGUGUUCCCAAGUGAAAUGUCAAUGCAGUUACAUAUGAUUCAAGAGCAUAAUGCUCAAGUAACAAUAAAAACUGACACUCGUUCACCACCUUUGAGCAGUUACGAAACAAGAGGUCAAUUCUCAGGGACAGUCAAAAAGUAUGGCCUCAAGCCAAAGUUCUCUUUCUCGGUAAAACAAAAAUCUUACAAUUGUUCUGUAUGCAGCCACAAAAGCAAAUGGUUAUCCACUAUUUUAUCUCAUGAAAGAUCAGUUCACGGCAUCAAUCACAAUAUGAAGAAGUUUGGAUGCAAAUCAUGCCGAAAAGUAUUCAGAACAGAGAAGGCGUUCCAACUACAUAUGAUGAAAGUCCAUGGGGACUAUUCCAUGUCAAGUACACGCUCGUCGAAACAGUACCGUUGCACAACUUGUGAUCGCUCGUUCCCAAAUGUGAUCGAUUGCCACCUACAUAUAAGACGAGAUCAUAUUCGUGGACACAGUUUCCGGGUGAACAGUCACCAAGGUGAUAUUCGCCAUCGCUGUCCACAGUGUAGUUUCCAAACGCGCUUCAAGAAGCAAUAUCAGCGUCACAUUCUACGAUGUCACAAUGUUCCAGCAAAGGUCAACAGGGCCGGUUUCAUGGACGAGUCCAAUUCAGGGAAAACAAACAUUCAUUCGCUUAAUUUGCACGCGGAAGCUCUUAACGGUUGUGGUGAUUAUACGAUGCAAACAUUUGAAAUCAGACAAUGCAAUGAAGAUGGCGUUUUUGUGUCCUCAGUUGUUGAAAUGCCAGUGUUGCAGAAACUGACAGACUCCACGUCAGUUUCUUUUGUGGUAACACCCAUUGACGAUCAGCAAGAUUGAUUUAAGAUAAGUCUGAAACUCUAUAGACAGUGUUGUUAACUUUUGGGUGUGUUUGCUGUGCAAUGCAUGCAAUAUAUACCAAAUUCCAAUGUGCAAUCUCUUAGUUUAUGGGACAGUUAUUAGACCUUGACCAGAAGGGAAAAAAGAUGUUACUUUGUACGCUGUGUUGUGAAAACAAAACUGAAAUAUUGCAAUAUCAAAGCUAUAGUCAUGUUAAACUCAUCUUAAUUUACUUUCAUAAGGAAUUAAAAAGAGAUUAUAGUUUGAGAUUUAAAAGCAGUGAGCAAUAUGCGAACAUCACAAACGUUUGAACCUAAAGGUUUGAUUAAAUACGAAGAAGCUGAAGUUCUUGAAGUUAAAGUGCUGUUUUCUUUGGUGAAGUUCUAAUGGUGUGUCCCAAACAUUGUUGAAAUUAUUUUCUUAUUUUAAGUUUUUCAGUUAAUUUUAUAUAUUAAGAGUUCAGUUGAGAUUCAAUAUCUUAUUUUUUUCUUUUUUCUUUUGUGUUCAUUUUUGAUAUUUUUAUGUUGGCCAAAAUCAAUACAUGGCGUUCAUGGAUGUUUAAGUUUUAUUGACAUUAACUGUGGAUGCUUUAAUGAGAUGGAAUAAGUUAGAGAAUUAUUAGGAUGAAAAAAAAACUGAUGGUUGAUUUUAUUCUCAAAUUAAAAAAAAAAAUAUGUUAUUUUAAGGGUUGUUCUGAUUAUUUGGAAAGUAACCAUGUAUUCUUUAAACAAAAAGUAUAAAUAUGAAUUUUAUUUUUUUCAAUUUUUUUUUAUUCAGUUCACUGCUGUUGAUUUUUCAUGGCCAAUUUUAAUGAUACUAAUUUUAACGUCCUCAGUAAUUUUUUUCUACAUUCUCUAUGUAGAAUGUAAGUGUAUAGCGAAGUUUUCAUUGUAACCUAUGUACAAAGUUGAGGUAACCUUAUUAUAAAGGUGUACAUUUUAUUUAUUAAAGACAUGUUAUUUAUUGUGAAGCCUGUUAAGAUAUUUUGUUGUAAAAAUUUUGUGACAUAAUGUUAUUAAGAAAAAAAGUAUAUUUUAACAGGAGUUCUUGGAGGAUAUGAAUAUCGUAACUUUUUUGAAUCUCAGUAUUAUUAUAAGGGAUGGAUCGUACAGUUGAAAGCAAUAUACAACUUUUUUUAUGUAAAUAUUUAGAUUUGUAUUGGUGAAAAAAAAAGAACGGUGUACGUUCUUCUAGUGUAUAAUGAUUUUUUGCUGCAAUUUUUGCUGAAAGGUUGCAAACUUUUUAAUUUUUUAUUGCAAUUUUGUCUAAAGGUUGCACUAUUGUUCAUUUUUUCCCCCUUUUUUUUGCAAAAAUCUGUGCAAAGAAGAUGUGCUUUAUUAUGGUUCUUUUUGGAGGUGUGAUUUUUUUCAAAUACUGACCAAAGAUAUUUUGCAUUUAAAUUCUACAGUCAUGUAGAUUUUAAUUCUUGCCAUCGUUAUAGUUACAGAGUUAGUUCCCUUUAUUAUUUUAGUUGAACAGAGUUACGGUUGUUUAAUUGAUGUACUAUAUGAAUAUUAAUAUUAUAAAAUUCAAAAAGGUAUGAAACUUUACUUUGUUUUUUCCUAUUUUGUGAAAAAGGUAGAUUUUCUGUGUUAAAAGAAUGAAUAAUUCCUGUUUAGACCGAUUGUACAUGAUCAGAUCUUGAUAGUCCCAUGAAACUUACUAUUAUUUUGUUAUGGAACACAAUAAUGCGAAGUUUAACAAUAUGAUCGUUGGCCGAAUAUGUAAUGAAAAUGCAGCAAUGAACAUUUAUUCUAUGCAGAAAAAUUGUAAAAAAAAAUUUUGUUGUGUCUUUUUUUUUUUUCAAAAUAAAAUUGAAAUUUAAAUGAAAAUCUGCCUUUUAAAUUAUUUAUAGAAAUUCCAGUUAAACAAAAUGUGAUAGCACUUGGAGAGAAUGCCUUUUUUAUACCCCCUUUUUUCUCCGUAUUUAUAUGACAAAUAAUCUCACUAUUUGUGCAGCUAUAAUAUUUCUGAAACAUUUCCAUUUAUGUGUUGUCCUUGUUUUCUAAAAAUUCCAAAAAAAAUAAGACAUGUCCUUAAAUAUCAUUGUUCACAGUGUAUUCAUCGAGAAUAGUUGACCUUUAACCUGCUGAAUUUGUAUAAUGGAUUAGCCCUGCUCUAAAGUUGGAACAGUCCAUUCAUAGUUAAAGGGAUUUCAAUAUGAAUAUACAAAAAUUGACCUAUCAUUGAUAGUAGAGAGCCUGGUACCAAAAACUAAUUACAUACAGUUCAAGCAGAUUGACGGUUAAUUACUUCAUUUAUUUUGUUUAAUUUUAGUUUUUUUGCCAUAAUACCAAAGUUCAUCCCCCCUCCCCCAUUUAAGCCAUUGGUGAAAAUAUUAUUAAAAAAUAUAGAUGAAAUUCAAGGGAAAAAAAAUUAAGAUUGAAAACACAUUACCCUUUUUAGAAUGAUUAAUAAAUUGUUUGUUGAGGAAUGGAAAAUUUGGGAAUUUAUUGUUAAAUUAUUAUUAAAAACCAAAGCAAAGAGUUUUCAAAGAAAAAAGAUUUAAGCUUUACAUUCAUCAUGAUAUACAGAAUCUAUUUAUUAUUUUCUGGAAAAUUAAUGAAAUUUCAACAAAAAUGAAAGAUUAGAGAAUAUUUU